CCACAACUGGUAGCGACCCCAGCCUGUCCCCGGAUUCGCAAGACCCUUGCCAGGAUGACAGCAAGGAUUUGGAAAGCGCCAAUAUCUCCGACAAAGAAGUGGGCAGCAAUGAGAACGACGACCAAAACCUGGGGGCCAAAAGGAGAGGGCCCCGCACCACCAUUAAAGCCAAGCAAUUGGAGACCCUCAAAGCAGCAUUUGCUGCCACUCCGAAACCCACCCGGCACAUCCGUGAGCAGCUGGCACAGGAGACCGGCCUUAACAUGCGUGUCAUCCAGGUUUGGUUCCAGAACCGGCGCUCUAAGGAACGACGCAUGAAACAGCUGAGCGCACUCGGGGCCCGCAGGCAUGCAUUUUUCCGCAGCCCCCGCCGCAUGAGACCGCUGGUGGACCGUUUAGAGCCGGGGGAGCUAAUUCCCAACGGCCCAUUUUCUUUCUAUGGAGAUUAUCAGAGUGAAUAUUAUGGACCCGGAAGCAAUUAUGAUUUUUUCCCGCAAGGACCUCCAUCUUCCCAAGCCCAGACACCAGUGGACCUCCCCUUUGUGCCCUCCUCAGGACCGUCAGGAACUCCACUUGGGGGCAUGGAUCACCCUUUACCUGGACAUCACCCUUCCAGCGAAGCUCAGCGUUUUACAGACAUCAUGUCCCACCCUCCCGGAGACUCACCUAGUCCAGAACCCAAUUUACCCGGGUCCUUGCACUCCAUGUCAGCAGAAGUGUUUGGACCAAGUCCUCCAUUUUCAUCAAUAUCGGUCAAUGGCGGUGGUAACUACGGUAACCACUUGUCACAUCCACCAGAAAUGAAUGAGGCUGUUGUAUGGUAGCUUUAAACACCAGGAACUUUGUUUGGAAGACAUGGGUCAAGCAACGUUCAUCCUGCAUAUACCAAGAUGUAUAGAAAUGAGUUCCAAGAAACAGACAUUUUUUUCCCCUUCUGCCCGGCAUUUUUUCAUUUUUUUUUUUUUUUCCUCAUUCAGCUUAAUCUUGGGAAUUAAUUGAGUUAUUCAGAGCCCAGGGAAAUUUUUGCUAUAAACUGGGGGACAAUCUUAACACAAUAGAAGGAAGAAAGACUGUUUUCUUUUUUUUUGUACUGAGUGAAAAAGACACUUAUGAAGCAGAUGUGUUUCGAUACUGCAAUAUAUAUUAUGAGAUGGCAUAUCCUUGGAUGCUGACAUUCAUGAUACCAUCCCUCUAGGAAUUGAGAGGAAUAACCUUCCAUCAGGAGAAAAGAAACUAGUAUUGGGGAAAAAAGCAAGCCAAGGUCCAUAAGAAAAAAAGGGAAAAAUGAACGGCUUAAAAGAAUUCUAGCAAUUUUAAAAUUUAUGAUUUUAUUGCUUGUUAAUUUUGCCUCUGAAAGUUGAACGCAGUUCACAGUGACAGACUUUUUAAGCCUCUGAAAUGCCUCUCAGGCAGACAAAAUGUAGUUUAUUUUAUUGUUCUUUUGGGAAGGGAUUUUUGAGGGGUUUUUUUGGGUGGGGGGGAAUGACCAGAGUAACAAAUAUUUAAAUGUUAGCCCUCAGUAUCAACUUUCUACCUUCUCCGAGCAACACACACCAAUAAUCCUCAAAAGCCAGAAGUCCUCUUUGACUUCUACGUUCAAAAAGAAUGACUUGAAAAAAUGAAUAAAGUGUUCUACCUUCACAAAAAAAUAAAAGCUAAACAAAUAAAAAAUAAAGACUCUAUGGAACUAGAAAAAAAAACAGUCAACUGUUUACGUCGAAUGUUAAAAUUCAGGAGCUCAAUGUUUUACAAAAAUAAUAAUAAUCCUGUUUUAGAACCUCUUGUUCAAAAGCAAAGUAUUUUGAGCAAUCAACCAAAAUCAUUCAUCUUCACUUUUUCCCCCUUUGAUUUAUUUCCCCCCCCCCUAGAUGUAGUAGAACAUUACAGGGCUUGUGAUUCACUUUGCUAGUUUAUUGAGGUGGUGUUUACACAAGACAAAAGAACACAUACCUUUAAAAAUCAGACGUUGCCAAAUAAACAAUUCUAUAGCACAAAAUACUUGGGUGGCAGGCAGUGGUGGGAUUCAGACAGUUCGCACCAAUUUGGCAGAACCAAUAGCUAAUUUUUUGUUGCCCAGAAUGGACUUACAGAAGUGGCAUCCACACAGA